AUUUUGGCCAUGGUGACUUUUAAAACUGCUGUGUUCUUGUGUUCCCCAGGUCUGCACUGAAACUGACAAGGCUGUGCCCAGGUGGUGCCAUGCAGUGGCCAGGCUCACUCCGCAUGUGUCAUGUGUUUAUGUUGGUGCUGCAUCUGUCUAAAUCUGAGGACUUCAACUGGGCAAAGAACGACCACGGCUCCUUCUAUUAUGGCACUUUUCCAGCUGGUUUUUCGUGGGGUGUCGGCAGCUCCGCCUAUCAGACAGAGGGAGCCUGGGAUAGAGAUGGGAAAGGAUUGAGCAUCUGGGACGUGUUCACCCACAGGCAGGGAAAGGUGCAGCACAAUGAGACAGGAGACUCAUCCUGCGAUGGCUACUAUAAAGUGAAGGAUGACAUUGCCUUGAUGAAGGAAUUGAAGCUGAGCCACUAUAGGUUUUCCAUUUCCUGGACCAGGAUUCUUCCUACUGGAAUCAAAUUCGACCAUGUCAACGAGAAGGGCAUCAAAUACUAUGAUGAUCUCAUCAAUGUUCUACUGGAAAACAAGAUGACACCCAUUGUCACCCUGUACCAUUGGGAUUUGCCACAGACGCUUCAAGAAAAGUUUGGUGGGUGGCAGAACAUUAGCAUGAUAGGCUACUUCAGUGACUUUGCCGGACUUUGCUUCGAGAGGUUUGGCAACCGUGUGAAGCACUGGAUUACUUUUAGCCACCCAUGGUCUGUUGCUGUGGAGGGCUAUGAGACGGGCAAACAUGCACCUGGGAUGCAGCUGAAAGGCACUGGAGCCUACAGAGCCGCCCAUCACAUCAUCAAGGCACACGCCAGGGUGUGGCAUAUGUAUGACAGUCAGUGGCGCAGCAAACAAAAAGGAAUUGUGGGCAUCUCAUUGACCGCAGACUGGGGGGAGCCAGUUGAUAUUCUGGAUCAGAAGGAUGUGGAAGCAGCUGAGAGAUAUGUCCAGUUUUCAUUGGGAUGGUUUGCCUCGCCCAUCUUCAAUGGGGAUUAUCCACAAAUGAUGAAAGACUUCAUAACUAAGAAGAGUGCCCAGCAAGGCCUGACCACUUCCAGACUGCCAACUUUUUCAUCCCAGGAGAAGAGCUACAUCAAAGGGACAAGCGACUUCUUGGGCAUUGGCCAUUUCACGACCCGCUACGUCACUCAGAAGAAUAUUCCAGCCAUUAACAGCCCCAGCUUCUAUUCAGACCGAGAUUUGGCUGAGCUGGUAGACCCACAGUGGCCUGACCCUGGCUCAGAAUGGCUAUAUGCUGUUCCAUGGGGAUUCCGCAGGCUCCUCAACUUUGUGAAGACGCAGUAUGGAAAUCCCAUGAUUUAUGUGACAGAGAAUGGUGUAUCGGAGAAGGCAAUGUGCACAGAGCUAUGUGACAAGUGGCGAAUUCAGUAUUACAAAGAAUAUAUCAACGAGCUGCUGAAAGCCAUUAAAGAUGGUGUGAAUGUCAGGAGCUACACCGCCUGGUCACUGCUAGAUAAGUUUGAGUGGGAAGAUGGCUAUUCAGAAAGAUUUGGUCUAUACUAUGUUGACUUCAGGAAUAAAAACAAGCCCCGGUACCCUAAAGCUUCAGUUCAGUACUACAAGAAAAUUAUCAGUUCCAAUGGAUUCCCAAACCAAAGGGAGGUGGACUCUUGGAUGCGCAAAGCAAUGGAGAUGUGCUCUAGCAGUAAUCAGCUUCUUGCAGCAGCUGGAAGAAAUUCACAUGAAAAUAAAGAACAGGCUGAAAUGGCAAGGGUUUGGCCUGUGCAUGAUGAAGUUUAAUUAACAGGGCUUGGCUGCAGCUUACAGCUGCCAACACAAACAGUGUGCCAUCUGCAGCAAUACAUGAGCUCUAUCUACUGUCAGAAUUUAAUGUAACAUUUUAAAAAAGCUUUUCAUUUCUAUUCUCACAAAUCUAGCCAGUCCCUCUUUAGCCAAUAGUAGACCAACCCACAUUCCUCAAAGGGGUAAUGUACAUUGCUCUUGACACCAUUCUUAGUAACUGCUUCUCUCCUUUAAUAGAGGAACAGAGGACCACUGCUGCUAAUAUUCUCAGGCUUAUUCAUGGUAAGCACACUCAUUAGUAAACAUCUGAGCUUUGACAAUGUCUGCCUCUGCUUAGAUGUCCCAGUCCUUUGCAGCCCCAACACUGAUCUCCACUUCACCCUGAUGUUCAUCUGCUUUCAGAUCCCUUGGCCAGCCACAUGGAGAUGGUGACAGAAAUA